GUAAGAACCGGCGUCUGAAGCAGGCGAAGGAGGAAGCCCAGGCGGAGAUCGAACAGUACCGCCUGCAGAGAGAGAAAGAGUUCAAGACCAAGGAGGCGGCGGCCCUCGGUUCCCAUGGCAACAGCGCAGUGGAGGUGGACCGCGACACCGCCGAGCGGAUGGGUCGUAUCCAGGCCAGUUACCGCGGUAACCGGGAGGCGGUGCUAGGCGAGCUGCUGCGGCGCGUCUGCGACAUCCAGCCGGAGUUUCACGCUAACUACCGCGUGGCCGGCUGAGGGGGCGGGGCCAGAUCUGAGAGGGCGGGGCAAACAGAGGAGACCAUGGACGUUAGCAACAUUAGCAAAACAAAGAAGUAAUGCUCCCAGAGAAUUAGUCCUUUUAUUUUAGGUCCUUACUUCCUGUUUGGCUGCUCCGAACAAAGACCUCGUUAAUAAGUGUUGUUACCGUGUCGAUGUUAACGAAGUAUUUAUAUAUAAGUGAUAUUUCCUGAACCUAACAAAAUAAAAGUCUUUCUACUUCUCUGUGAGGAAAAAUCAGCCAAUCAGCUGUCGGUAAAAUAAAUUAUAAACUAAAUGAAAUCAGAUUUAACGAGCCGAUUUUUUUUCUCUAAACUCUCUCCUCCAAUCAGGACGCACAAAUCAUCUGCCUUGGCUCUCUAAGGUGAUUGGCCGGAGAAAGUAGAAAGGCUUUUAUUGUGAAAAUCUUCUGCAUUUCCACUGUUUUUUUGUUUGUUUCCUGUGUGUGAACAUGUGUCUUCCUGUUAAUGUUUGUAAAGUGAUGAUGAAAUAACAGAAAAUAAUAAACUGGAUGUUGAUAGGCUGAAA